AGACAUUUAUCAUAGGAGGUUAAGCAAUCGCACUUAGUGCGUGUCUCAAAUCCAAAAUGAAUUCCAUCAAUUUAGUAUUUCUUUUAACAAUUUUAAGUUUUGCUAGUGCUGUGAAGGUAAAUUAUGAUGGUUACAAGCUGUAUAAAAUUUCACCCAAAGAUGAUAGUGAAGUGCAAGUAUUAGCAAAAUUACAAGAAGCUAGGAUCGGUGAGUUUUGGGAAGAUGGCUUCAGAGUGGAUAGAGAUUCGAAGGUGAUGAUAUCGCCACAGAAACAUGAACGGUUCAUUGAAUUUCUGAGGACAGAAAACAUUGAAGCAUCGUUGCUGCUUGAUGAUGUACAAAGAACAAUCGACAAGCAACGUAAUCCAGAAAACAUAAACGCAUCCUCCAGUUACCUAUCAUACGACUGGACAGCUUACCAUGACCUCGACACUCUAUACAAUUGGCUUGAUGAACUAGAAGCAAAUCAUCCAAACGUAGUUAAAACAGUAGUAAUGGGGCAAUCUGUAGAAGGCAGAGAUAUAAAAGGAAUCGUCAUAAACUAUCAUAACGAUAAUGCUGAAAGCGAUUCUCACCCACUCAUAGGAAUGUUAGAAGGUACCUUGCAUUCCCGAGAAUGGAUCUCCGUUGCUACCGUUACUUGGAUUAUCAAAGAAUUUUUGACCAGUGAAGACCCUGAGAUCAGGCAUUUGGCAGAGACCUUUGAAUGGCACAUUUUUCCUGUCGUGAAUCCUGAUGGAUAUGUUUAUACUUUUACCGAUAAUCGUAUGUGGAGAAAAAAUCGCAGUCCAGAAAAUAUAAAAACCUGUGCUGAAGGAGUUGACGAUGAUAUGAGUCAUGGUGUGGAUCUCAAUAGGAACUUUGAAGUUGAGUGGAUGGUUAUAGGAGCUUCAAACGACUCGUGCACCAAUACAUACGCCGGUCCAAUCCCCUUCUCCGAACCUGAAUCAAGAGCAAUUGCUCAAUACGUUCGCCGUCUUGAUCAAAUAGGCACAAUGAUCUACUACAUUGCUUUCCAUUCAUACACACAACUGAUUCUUGUACCGUACAGUCAUGUCUACAUUGAAAAUGCAUGGCAAUCAAGAAACUACGCUGAUAUGUACGAAAUUGCGAUAAAAAGUGCUGACGCUAUAGCAAAACGUUACGGAACACAGUACAGAGUUGGACUUUCUGCUAAUGUCAUGUAUCCCAUGAGUGGAGGCUCCUUCGACUGGGUUAAGUACGAUGUGAACGUUCCUAUAUCGUACCUCAUUGAGCUUCGUGACCUUGGGGAAUAUGGGUUCCUUCUACCAGCAGACCAGAUCAUCCCUACUGCUCUGGAGACUAUGGAUGGUCUCAUCGAAAUGGACAAGAACACCAAAGCCCUGAAUUAUCGCGUGGAGGAAGUAUACGCGAUGAUUUUAAAAGAAAUAAUAUUUUUAGUAGUUCUAGUAGCUGCAGUAAAUGCAGAAUAUGUUUCGUAUAAGGAUCAUAAAGUGUACAAAAUAGUCCCUAAGAACGAAAAUGAAGUACAAAUACUUCUCGACUUAAGAAAACAACCUCAAUAUUACUUUUGGAAUGAUAUUGUAAGUCUAUACAGUGAUGUGAAGAUAAUGGUAGCACCGAAGAAUCAAGAAGAAUUUGAGAAUUACUUCAAAAGUGUCAAUAUCCCUGCUGAAGUGGUUUUCAAUGAUGUCCAAAAACUAAUCGACGAUCAAGUAAAACGGCCAGUUAGCAGAAAUGUAGUUUACGACUGGACCUACUACCUGACCUUAGAUGAAAUCAACGCCUGGCUGAGCAGAAUUGUAGAGGAGCAUUCAGAUGUAGCCACUCUUGUGAACCUUGGAACUUCUGUUGAAGGCAGAACUAUCUGGGGUGUUAAAAUUGACUACAAAAAAGAAGAGAACCCAGUAAUUGGUAUGAUUGAAGGUGGUAUUCACUCAAGAGAAUGGAUUUCUCCAGCAACAGUGACGUACAUUAUAAACGAAUUCUUAACCAGUACCGAUGAAAAUGUUAGGUUCAUGGCAGAAAAUAUUGUUUGGCAUAUUUUCCCUGUUGUCAACCCUGAUGGAUACUAUUACACUUUCAACAAUAACAGAAUGUGGAGAAAGAAUAGAGGCAAGGAUAAUUUUACACCUUGUGCAACUGUAGCAGAUGAUAUAAGCAAUGGUAUCGAUUUGAAUAGAAACUUCGGAUUUGUAUGGAUGUUAACUGGUGCCUCCCAGAACCCUUGCGACGAAACUUACGCCGGUCCCAUUGAAUUUUCGGAGCCUGAAUCUCAAGCCAUAGCCGGUUAUGUUUUGAAUAUCAAGAACCAAGGCCGUAUGAUCUACUAUUUUGCUUUCCAUUCUUAUUCUCAAAUGGUCUUGGUGCCCUACAGUCAUCUUUCUGGAUAUGAUGUUAUUCAAGCUCCUAAUUAUGCUGACAUGUAUGAGAUUGCUAUCAGAGGUAUGGACAAAUUGAAGGCCAAACAUAACACUGACUACCAAGUUGGUACAUCGGGUGAUAUUUUAUAUGAAGUAAGUGGUUCCAGCUUCGAUUGGGUGAAGGGGGUAGCCGAAAUUCCUAUCGUCUAUCUCUUCGAGCUUCGUGACGUCGGUGAGUUUGGGUUCCUUCUGCCUGCAGAACGUAUUAUUCCUAACAAUGAGGAAAUAAUGGCUGGUCUUCUGGAAAUGGAAAGAGUUACUCGAAAUAUGGGAUACUAUAACAUCCAGAAUGAGUCUGAACCUGACAUUAUACCAACUACCGUUGAACCUUCUACCUCUACUACAGCAGCUCCUGGUUCUGGAAUGAAGACAGUUUUCAGUGUUUUCCUAAUAGCACUUUGUCUGUUUGUCACUUUGUAAUGUAAUACACUUAAUCAAUAAAACCUGUAUUUACUGUUC